AAGUACGCUAACCAUGAAUCCAACCACAAUUCCUAACCACGACUUUAUGGAGUUGCAUCCGGUGCAUCAGCAUCCAGCAGGUUGCAAACAGCAUUGCUUCGUAUUUACCGAAAUUGCCGACAUAGAGCUACCACCGGAGAUCACCAAAUAUCCGGAAAAGAUUAAGAAUGGUAGCAUCCAUUCGUACACGAAGGAAAGCAUCUCUCCGCCACCGCCAAAGCUGGCCAAGGAUCGACGGAGUCGUAAAAUCAUUGCCCUUGUGUCGGGGCUACUCGUAUGCGUAGCACUGGCCGCUGGUAUACCGCUCGGGUUACAGUUAAGGUCAUCCUCUCUGUUGGAAGCACGGUUGGCAUUUAUCAGGCGUUUACUGGUGGAAUCACCGCUCGUUGAAGGCUAUUGGGCGCCACCGAUGGGAGCAAAUUUUAGCAAAAGCUUUGCAGAAGUUAAGAGCGGUAUGGUUGGAGCGUUACUGUGGCCCAUCGCAGUACCGUGUGCGGCACAGUAUCUGGACGCGGUACAGCUGACGUUGGAAGGUUUGGAUGAUGCGCGAAGGCUUGUGGGUAAAAACCGAGAUAUGGCGGUGGUGGAGAAUGCGGACGAAAUGGAGCAGGCCCACACGGAGGGCAAGUUGGCGAUUUUGUUUGGGCUAGAGGGAGGUCACACGCUGGGCUCGAGUUUGGCAGUGCUUCGGUCAAUGUAUUCGCUUGGAGCGAGGUUUGUGUCGCUGACUGGCGUCGGAUGUACGACGCCGUGGGCUAGCGCCUCGAUACGGAACGAUUUCUUCGACGAGAACCUACCAUCGACAUUGACCAACUUUGGGGAGAUUGUAAUUCAAGAAAUGAACCGCUUGGGAAUGUUGGUGGAAAUAUCGCGACUCUCCGAACCAGCAAUGAUGGUUGCAUUGAACGUUGCCAAAGCACCACUGCUACUCUCAAACGCGCUGCCCUCCUCGAUGGCAUGCAACGGAACGACGGCCGCCGUACCGGAUCAUAUCCUGAGCGCCCUAUCCCAAAAUGGAGGAGUCCUGAUGCUGAACGUGGAACGGUGCGGUGAUAAACCGAUGUCAUUGAAGGAUGCCAUCACGGCAAUCAACUACAUACGAGCGAUUGCCGGUGUGGAUCAUGUAGGUUUAAGCGGAUCACCCAAAAACUAUCCACUUCUGUUGGCCGAGCUGGCCCGGGAUCGGUUGUGGGGCUCGGUAGCGAUCAAGAAGCUGGUCGGUGGGAAUAUUGUGCGUGUGCUGCGUGAGGUUGAAACGAACAAGAAUCGUUUACCUCUGUCUGAGGAUUGGAUACCGUUGGAGGCGAUUGAAGGGAACGCAUAUUGCCGGUAUCCGGAAACGUAA